UGCCAUUGUAUUUAAAGGCUAAAUGUGAAGACGAGGUGUGUGAGCCGUACUUCCUGAUCACCAGCAUUCCAGUCGAUCAAAACAAGGCCACACUCUGCAGCUUUACUCAUCAGCACACACACACACACAUAUACACACACUGUGGGAGAAUAUCACACCUGGCGUCUGUGGGUUUUCGGGUAAACAUCAGAGUUGACAGAGAAGCCCACAACCCUAAGAAGAAAUUUUAAAUAAAAUGAUCCACAUGCAUCAUAAGAGAAGUAUUUAUUAGAACACCUGAACACUUUUGACUUGAAAAGAACUUGAUUGAGGACAUGGCUGCAAUUCACAGCGAGCGCAACAUCCGUGCUAAGAUCCAGGAAUUUGAGAAACAGCUUAACACUGACGAGAUCAGCGCGCCGACGCCACGACCCCGAAACGCUCCACGGCCAGCUGUAGCACCGAAACCCUCUGCGGUUCAGAGGGCCUCCUUCAGCAGCAGCACAGAAGAAGAAGAAAGAAACACGCAGACCUUUGAAGGGAACGGCUAUGGGGAGGUGAUGGGUUCGAACAGCACUCCAUUGGCUCCAUUUCCACCUCUGAGACCACUGAUGCCGAGAAAACCAUCGCUAACCUCGAGCGAUCAGGUCAAACCCCAACCUCUGAUCAAACCUCCUCCUCCGUCGUCUCGCCCCUCGCAGCGCAGGUCUAGACCUCUGAACUCCCAGGAGGAGGACGCUGUCUUCAACGCGCCUACAUUACCUCCGCGUACCGUGCAUAAUGGUCAUCAGAACGUCAGCAGUCACAAUAGCAUCCGAGAGAACGAAUACGUGGACGCUCCUGUUAGUCCCGCCUUCCCUAACUUGUCCAACGCAGCCUCUUUCACCAACGCAGUGACUCGCAGGCCGACCAUCAUCAGAGUUCCCAGCAAACAGGAACAGGAAGUGUUGGAUUGUUUCACUUCUGCACCUCAUGUUCAGAGAGCUAUAGGAGGCCCUCCACCCUCCCUCGGCCACAAGACUCAGGACUGGACUCAGAACUUGUUCAAUUCAGUCCAACCAGCUUUGCCUCCACGCCCUGGUGGGGGUAAAGUGCUUCCACAACGUCCCCCUCUUGCUAAACCUACCCCGGGACGCCCUCCUCAGCCACGGAGAGACAGCGUCCUGCGUAACUCCACGCUACAGUCACAACAACCCAACAACCCGAGGCGUAGUGUGUCAAAGAAAGCGCCUGUGCUUCCACCAAGACCUAAUCCCGGACAUCGGCUCUACAACAGAUACACGCUGGAAAUCCCUCAUGCCAUCGCUGACUACGACUACAACGGCAUGCACACCGGAGAACUCUCCUUUCAGAAAAACGAAGUGCUGGUUCUGCUAAGCCAAAUAGACAACCGAACUUUCGAGUGCCAAGUAGGAGACACGAAAGGAACGGUGCAGAAAUCCCACAUGAAGGUCAUCACACCGCUAUCGAAUUACUCUCAUCAUGACGACAAUCGAGCGGCACAGCAGGAGAGCGCUUCAGGAAACAGCGGUCUGCAGGUCCAAGCACUUUAUGACUUCAUCCCAGAGAAUCCUGGAGAGAUCAUGCUAAAGGCCGGAGAUGUCAUUAUUAACGCAGAGCCAAUAGACAGCGACUGGUAUUUGGGGACGUCCAAAGGGAUCACGGGCUUCUUCCCCAUCAACUACGUCAAAACCUUGCCCAAGUUGCAUUCUCUUGCAUCCGCACCUGCAUCUACACCAACACCUGCACGUGCGCCUGCUACAUCUCAGAAAGUCAGCGGCCCACGGUGUAUGGCGAGAUUCGACUUCGAGGGCGAGCACAGCGACGAGCUCUCGUUUUCCGAAGGCCAGGUGAUCAGACUCCUGGAGUACAUGGGAGAGGACUGGGCUCGCGGCGAGAUCGGCGGCCGUGUUGGAAUUUUCCCCCUUAACUUUGUGGAAAUACUGGAGGACCUUCCACCUUCGCCUGCAAAGAAUCAGAGCAGGAUUCCUCUGCCAGGAAUGGCUGCCUCAAACCACAUGCAAGCUCUGGCUUCAACAAAUAAUCAGGCUUAUGGAGUGGAGCGGGUGAAGGCCCUGUACGACUUCACGGCAGAAGCGGCCGGUGAUCUGUCGUUCCUCAGCGGUGACGUGAUAGAAGUGAUAGAGCACAUUGAUGAGGAAUGGAGCCACGGAAGACUGAACGGCAGAGAAGGGUUAUUCCCCAUGUCCUUCACACAGCCACACACAGGUGGUUCCUCACACCGCUGAGCGCCUCAGCAGACGGAGGGGAAAAGGAAGAAAUGACCGAACUCCAGCAGUGUGGACUGUCUCCCAUAACUCUGUGUCCUGUCCACACAGGAGGAGGAUUUAAUCUGAUGUUGUGAUGUGCUUGAGUGUGUGUUAGUGUGUGUGUG